AUAAAUCGGCAGCCUAAAAGCCUUCGUUCCUUUCAUUUCCCCCUCUGUCGGUUAAGAAUUCCCUCUAGCAGCAACCUUCAGUUACGCUUCUCCUCCGGCAACGCCAUCCCACUUUCUUAAAUCCUCAUCAUCACCGCACUCCCUCUGCCAUCAUCUCCUCACUUCUCAAAUUUUGGGCAUCUGUUACGAUCACGAACAAACCCUAGCCGGCGACGAGUUCCAUCCUUCAUAUUUCCAGUGCUUUGUCUGCCUUUAAGCUAUUUCUACCUUCAAAAACUCGCUUUUUGCGGUUUUCAUCUGUUGAAUUUGGCUAGGUUUGCAAUUAGCGGGGACCCGGCUAGGGUUUGCGGUCCAUCCCAGUGGGGAUGAAUUUGUUUGUUCUACUGCUAAUGGAUGCAAGCUUGUGGAUUGGUAUAGAACCUUGCUCUGAUGGUAUACAUAACAGUAGGAUCAGCUGCGCAUCUAAUUUUGGAGUUUUUGGAGGAGUGGAGUACAGAAAACUUUGAGAUAUGCAUUUUUUAUUUAUUCCUUGUGAAUGAAAUAUCUCCAGCUGUUAUUCCUCAAGCAACUAAGAUUUUUGUUAAUGGUUGCUGGGUUGGUGUUCACAGAAAUCCUGAACUCCUGGUGAAGACUUUGAGACAAUUAAGGAGACAGUUUUUCAGUGAGAUUUCUAUGGGGAUACUUCGAGUAUUCAGUGAAAUUGCACUGCACCUGUUAUACAAGGCGAAUGAUGCACAAUUGAGCAUAAUGGUUGCUGAGCAGGUUGAGCAAGCACAUGCUGCUAUAGUUGCUCUCACUUCAUCUCAGAAGACAGUAAACCAGAUCCGGGAAAACUUUGUGCCCAUUGAAAGCCUUUCCGACCAUAAAACCAUGGCGAAACAAUAAGAGGCGUGGGGAGCUGCUAGGAGACCAACAACUUGAUGCUAUUUAGUUGAGUUCAGGUCUUUGGUGAAUGAAGAUGUUUUUUAAGCUCUAUACUUUGUUGCUAAAUGUUGCUAAUGUUCCAUUUUUUGGAUGUAUGUUAGGAGUUGUUUUGAUUUUUGAUGUAUACAGCUAGGGGGUUUUAUAUUUUUUUGGUGUGAUGUAAUGAGAGAUACUUCAUUUUGUUCUUUGGUUGGGGAUUUUGAUGAUUAUAUGUAAGUGGAUUGUAAUCACCCAAUUUUUUUUAAAAAAUGUAUUACUCGGUUGAGGUCUUCUUUCAA